AAAAGGCGGAAGCAGGUGUUGGGCGGGGCUCCUCGUGAGAGGCGUGGAGGAGCGUGAUGGAAGUAGUUAAGUGCCCAGAGCACGGGACCCUCUGCUUUUUGAAGACAGGCGUCCGCGAUGGCCCGAAUAAAGGAAGGAGCUUCUACGUGUGCCGGGCAGACACAUGCGGCUUCGUGAGGACCACCGACAUUCCUGUUUCUCAUUGUUUGUUGCAUGAGGACUUUGUGGUAGAGCUUCAAGGCUUGCUUCCACCACAUGGCAAGAAAGAAUACAGAUUGUUCUUCAGAUGCAUUAAAAGUAAGACAGAGGGGAAGCAGUGGUGUGGAUAUAUCCCGUGGCAGGAUCCUAAUUCCAAAGAGCACUCUGUAACCAAUAAGUCUCAGCGUGCGUCUGAGCCAUUUCGUUACCCUUCCGGCCAGCAGAGAAACCCAUUCAAGGCACUGGACAAGAAUCAAGAGCCGUCUCUCUGGAAACAGUUCAUCAAAGGCGAAGAUGAGGAAAAGAUGGCUGAUAAGGAGCAAAGGGAAAAGAGAGAUCUGUUCUUGGAUCAAAAGAAGGAACCGAAGCCUGAGUCUAACUGCUGGAUGGAGAAAGAUCUGUCAUCUGGCCUGGCGGUGAAGGAAAAACAAGCUACAGUUCAAGAGAAUCAGCGAGGGGAGAAAACAGAGUUGCAGCGUGAAGCAAAGGAGAUUGAAGGGACGCACAAAAGAAACGUUUUUGAGAUUAAAUCCAAACAGUGCCAAGAUAAUGAGCUUGGAAAACCAUCUGUGUCUCCUCAGGAGAAAUCGUGUGCUGAAAGUCAUCAUGUCCAAAAAGAAUCAGAACCUCUGAGAGAAAAGGAAACCAGGCCUUUGCCUCGAAUUGUUCUCAGCCAAAACCCAAUAAGCAAGGCCCCGCAAGGGGAACACCUCAGCAAGGAGAACCCCAAGAGUUGGGAGGCCAGAGGAACAAAGACAAAGGAGGACCCAAGUGCGCAGACCAUCCAGAAGGGGCUGCUCAAGGGGCAUUUCCAGGCGCCAGUGGAGACUCGCGAUGUGCCUGCCCCGAAAGGACCAGCCGCACAGUCUGCUCUACUGGCUGCAGGCCGUUCCCUGGGAGAGAGGCGAGGAGCUGACACCAGCAGUGGUGACAGUGAGGAAGAUGAUGUUAUUUCUGUUUCCUCUGAGCCAGGGAGCCCCUUACUCUUUGACUUGACUCCAGACUCACAGAGGAAGGAAAACCUUAAAGUCCCUGAUGAAAGUUUGCAAAGAAGAGCAUCUCCUGCCUCGGGUGUUUCUAAGAAGGUAGAACCUUCAAACUCAGCAGCCCAACGUGUGUACCUCACAACACAACUGAAACAGAAGAAGAGCACACUGGCAUCGGUGAACAUUCAGGUUCUUCCAGACAAGGGUCAGAAGUUGUUCAAGCAAAUUCAGGGGUUGGAGGAAGCCCUCCGUGCUCUCGCCCUCUCACCUGAGCAAGGCACUAAUGAGAAGAGUAACGCUCAAGUACCACAACAGAGUAACUUCACCAAAACUGCCACUGACCCACCCCACUUGGUGCCUCCCAAGCCCCUGCAGGGUCCCAAUCUCCAGCCUCUGGGUUCUCUCGGAGGAAAGGCUGCCUGCCAGGUAGCUGUUGGAGGACCCAGUCAGUGCUACAGAGGCCCUGCACCCCAAGAGUGCCUUCAUGCCGUGUGGAAAAUCACAAGUGAAGCCAUCGAUGAGCUGCAUCGAUCACUUGAGUCACGUCCUGGCGAGACAGCUGUGGCAGAGGAUCCGGCUGGGCUGAGGAUCCCUUUGCUCCUGCACCAGAAGCAGGCAUUAGCCUGGUUACUAUGGCGGGAAAGUCAGAAGCCACAAGGAGGAAUUCUGGCUGAUGAUAUGGGAUUAGGAAAAACUCUGACAAUGAUUGCACUCAUCCUGACCCAGAAGAAUCAGGAGGAAAACAAAGAAAAAGACAAAAACCCACCUUUGACUUGGCUUUCCAAAGAUGACCGCUUGGAGUUUACUUCCUGUAAAACACUGAUCGUCUGUCCCGCUUCCCUGAUCCAUCAUUGGAAAAAUGAAGUAGAGAAAUGUGUGAGCAACAACAAACUAAGAGUCUACCUCUAUCAUGGGCCAAACCGGGAUCAGCGAGCAAAAGUCCUCUCUACGUAUGACAUCGUGAUCACUACCUAUAGCCUUCUGGCCAAGGAGAUUCCCACAAGGAAGCAAGAGGGAGAGACCCCGGGGGCAAACCUCAGGGUGGAGCGUAUCUCAACACCUUUGCUUCGAAUAGUCUGGGCUCGAAUCAUACUGGAUGAAGCUCACAAUGUUAAGAAUCCCCGUGUGCAGACAUCCAUAGCUGUGUGUAAGCUACAAGCCCAUGCCCGUUGGGCUGUCACUGGAACCCCCAUUCAAAACAACUUGUUGGACAUGUAUUCACUGCUGAAAUUUCUCCGUUGUUCUCCAUUUGAUGAGUUCAGUCUGUGGAAGAGUCAGGUUGACAAUGGUUCAAAGAAAGGAGGAGAACGGUUAAGUAUUUUAACCAAGAGUCUUUUGCUGAGGAGAACAAAAGACCAGCUGGAUUCCACUGGCAAGCCCUUGGUGAUGCUGCCCCAGCGUAAAUUUCAGUUGCACCAUUUAAAGCUUUCUGAAGAUGAAGAGACUGUUUACAGUGUCCUUUUUGCAAGUUCAAGGUCAGCUCUACAGUCCUAUCUAACAAGACAUGAAAGUGGGGGCAACCGAUCUGGAAGGAGCCCUGAUAAUCCAUUCAGCAGAGUGGCACAGGAGUUUGGGUCCACUGGGCCUGGAUACUCUGUGGCGGCCGACUUGCAGGGAUCCAGCACCGUCCACAUACUCUCGCAGUUGCUGAGACUCCGGCAGUGUUGCUGUCAUCUUUCUUUACUGAAGUCGGCCUUGGAUCCGACAGAACUGAAGAGUGAAGCCCUGGUCCUUUCCUUGGAAGAGCAGCUCAGCGCUUUGACCUUGUCUGAACUCGAUAACUUAGAGCCGUCUUCCACUGUUGCCCUAAAUGGUAAAUGUUUCCAGGUGGAGCUUUUUGAAGACGUGCGCGAGAGCACCAAGAUUUCAUCUCUGUUGGCAGAAUUGGAGGCAAUCCGAAGAAAUUCAGGGUCCCAAAAGAGUGUCAUUGUCUCUCAGUGGACCAGCAUGCUGAAGGUUGUAGCAUUGCACCUUAAGAGGCACGGACUGACUUAUGCCACCAUCGAUGGCUCUGUCAACCCUAAACAGAGAAUGGACUUGGUAGAGGCAUUUAACAGCUCCAGGGGCCCUCAGGUUAUGCUAAUCUCUCUCUUGGCUGGAGGCGUUGGUCUAAACCUAACUGGAGGAAACCAUCUUUUUCUUCUGGAUAUGCACUGGAAUCCAUCACUUGAAGAUCAAGCUUGUGACCGAAUUUACCGAGUCGGGCAGCAGAAAGAUGUUGUCAUACACAGAUUCGUUUGUGAGGGAACAGUGGAAGAGAAGAUCUUGCAGCUCCAAGAAAAAAAGAAAGAUUUGGCCAAACAGGUUCUAUCAGGAUCUGGAAAAUGUGUUACCAAGCUCACCUUGGCUGACCUCAAAAUCCUAUUUGGCAUCUAACUUCCUGUUUAUAGGACUCAGAAUAGUGCCACUGUUGGUUUGUCUUAGGAUCUGAGGGUGAUGACGUUGCCAUGGUCCUUUGCGCUCUCCUUGGCAUUCCAUUUCACGUCAGGCCUUAUGCCUUCCUCAAAAUGAGGCAGAUUCGAGGGUCAGUUAUCAUGUUAACCAGUUGGUUAAUCAAUCAUGUUAAUCAAUCAACUUAUUUAAUGAGUGACAUAGAAACCAAAAAUUACUUCAGGUAAAAGAAAAUGCAAAAUGUAUAUAAUGUUAUAAACCAAUGUGACCUAAAUUAAAAAAAAAAAGAAAAUGCUUUAGAUAAUUUUGGAAAGCAGUUCUGGGAGAGUUGUACAUAAGCUGCAGUAAAAGCUCAGAAAGCCCUCUGUUGCUUUCUCUUCUCAGCUGAGGCGGGACCCAGUGUUAUUACCUUUUCUAAUGCAGGCCCCACCCCAUCUCUUCAUCUCUCCUGCUAAUGAGGCUGCUCUUAUAACCAUCUCUCUAUGGGCCAAGCAGGGAGUGGACCCCUACGGCCAUUCAGGCAGUUCUUCCUCUCAGGGUAGGAUCGGGGAGGUGCUUGGUACAUAAACAGUUGUUAGUAUUUGUAGCAUUGUAUCAUUCAGUAUUUGGUAUCAUAUCAUUUAGUGUUAUUAUAUCAUUUAGUAUUACUAUCAUAUCAUGUAGUAUUUGUGUAAUUUAAUAUCUAUAUUCUUUUUACAGUAUUUGUACUUUUACAAUUUUACAGUAAUUGUGGCACUUAGUAUCAUUGUUUCAUUUAGUAUUGUUGUGUCAUUUGGUGUUUGUAUUAUCAUUGGUACAAUCCAAUAAAUACGUUUGACAAUGUA